GCCCCGCGCUCGCCGCCGCCGCCGCCGCCGCGCCCCGCCCCGCCCCGCCCGGAGCAGCUGGGCUGAUGCUCGGGGCUGCGGCCCGAAGGUGAAGGGUGGAUGCCUGAGGCAGGGGGGCCCCAGGGAGUGCCCGCAGCACCAGCUCCCGUGGCCAGCCCUCCAGCUGUGCUUAGCAGCAUCGCCACAGCAACUGGCAACCAGACAGUGGAGCCUAGACAGACACCAGUGGACAGCUUCUCACCAUCAGGUGAACGUGGACGGAGAAUGACCUCGGUGCUCCAGGCCUGGAAGCAUUCCCGGGAGGUGGUGUGUCACUAGAGGGAGGGCCAGGCCACCCCCCACAGCCUGUGCACACACCAUGCCUGCAGGAGAAGAGGUGCUGGGGCAGGGGUUACGGCAGGGCACAGCCUCACCCUCACAGCCACACUGAGCACUCCUAGGGCCCCUGGGCUCCCUCUGCAGGGUGUGUCUCAGCCUUCCGGUCCCCUGCAUUGCAUCUGGGCUCCCUGCUGCCGGACCAUGGGAUGUCGGCAAAGUUCAGAAGAGAAAGAGGCAGCGAGGCGGUCCCGGAGAAUUGACCGCCACCUGCGCUCCGAGAGCCAGCGGCAGCGCCGGGAAAUCAAGCUGCUCCUGCUGGGUACCAGCAACUCUGGCAAGAGCACCAUCGUGAAGCAGAUGAAAAUCAUCCAUAGUGGCGGUUUCAACCUGGAGGCCUGCAAGGAAUACCGGCCCCUCAUCAUCUACAACGCCAUUGAUUCGCUGACCCGGAUCAUCCGUGCCCUUGCUGCCCUCAAGAUUGACUUCCAUAACCCUGAUCGUGCCUAUGAUGCUGUGCAGCUCUUUGCACUGACGGGUCCUGCAGAGAGCAAGGGCGAGAUCACGCCUGAGCUGCUGGGCGUCAUGCGGCGACUGUGGGCUGACCCAGGGGCACAGGCCUGUUUUGGUCGCUCCAGCGAGUACCAUCUGGAGGACAACGCUGCUUACUACCUGAACGACUUAGAGCGCAUUGCUGCAUCUGACUACAUUCCCACAGUGGAGGACAUCCUGCGCUCCAGGGACAUGACUACGGGCAUCGUGGAGAACAAGUUCACAUUCAAGGAGCUCACCUUCAAGAUGGUGGAUGUAGGUGGGCAGAGAUCCGAGCGCAAAAAGUGGAUCCACUGCUUUGAGGGCGUUACAGCCAUCAUUUUCUGUGUGGAGCUCAGUGGCUAUGACCUGAAGCUUUACGAGGACAACCAAACUAGCCGAAUGGCAGAGAGCCUGCGCCUUUUUGACUCCAUCUGCAACAACAACUGGUUCAUCAACACCUCACUCAUCCUCUUCCUGAAUAAGAAGGACCUGCUGGCAGAGAAGAUCCGGCGCAUCCCGCUCACUGUCUGUUUUCCUGAGUACAAGGGCCAGAACACCUAUGAGGAGGCCGCCGUCUACAUCCAGCGGCAGUUUGAGGACCUGAACCGCAACAAGGAGACCAAGGAGAUAUAUUCUCACUUCACCUGUGCCACUGACACCAGUAACAUCCAGUUCGUCUUUGAUGCGGUGACAGAUGUCAUCAUACAGAACAAUCUCAAAUACAUUGGCCUUUGCUGAAGAGCAAAGUCAGUCCAGUUGCCUGUGGUGAAACUCACAUGGUGUUACACCCCACUUGUGGUAGGGAGAUACAGCCCAGGGGCAGAAAAUAGGGGGCCUGAAAAAUGCCCUUCCUACCCUGUUCCUCCACCUCUUUGGCCCCAUGUUUCUGCAAACAAAUAUAUAUGGAUAGAUUGCUAGAUAGGUACACACACAAACACACACACACACACAUACACACAGUGAAAAGUUCCUACAUCAUUGAGGUGUCUUGAAGACUUGAGGAUCAGUCACUAGUCCUUCUUUACCCUUCACUUUGCCUUCCUGGCUUGGCCCCAUCUGCCUGGUGUUCCCUGGAGGACAAAUGGGAAGGGCAGCAGCGCUCAGGCCUUGGUCACCUGAAGGAGGUCAGCUCUGCCCCAGCUCCAGUCAGGAAACCUUGCACCACUGACCAGGAGGCAGGACCUGUCACAAGUGUUUCUGCCCUCCUGGCCCCGCCCACUGGUGGCCUCGGAACCCUGUCAUUCAUUCUGGAACCUUGAACCACGGUGGUGUGGCCUGAUGACAGGACUAACCAGACCUCCAGCCACUCGCAGCUCUUUUUAAAAGCUUCAAAAUAUGCAGCAAGAAUCCACACGUUAACACGAGUGGCAUGAUUUGUUCCCAACUAGGCCAGCUGGACUCCAGCUUUUCUUCUACUAGUCUGAUGUUUUAUAAUUCCAAACCUGGUUUUUCUUCUCUGCCAUUGUUUUUUUUGGCCAAACCUUGUGGUGUUUCGCAGAAAACCAGAAAUAACAAAAUUUCCAAUGUAGUUGAGUAUUCCUUUUUUAAAAUGCAGAUUUUUUCCAAACAUGUUUCUUUUUUUUUCAGGUAGUCUUUUUUCGUGUCUGGCUUGCUGAGUGUCAAAGUUGUUAUUUGGACGAGUGUGUCCCUCUGCUUCUGGAGCCGCCCUGGGGCAGCCUCACCAAGCAGUGUUGUACAUAACACUGUGCUGCGUCCUCUUGUUACUGGUGCCGGUUUCUGCUUUGUUUUUCUUUCAGAAAUAAAUGUGAUGUAUCGGAAGAAGGUUCUUCACCACAGAGCAGAUGAACAAUAGCUAACAUGUCUUGGUAUUUAAGAAGUAAGUUAACUGUGACUUUGCAAAUGGAGGAAGGGAAUGUGAGAGGGGGGCCCAGCACCUGAGACCCCAAAUGUGGCUAACUCCUGUGAAGGCUCAGCCAGCCAGCCGGAGUUGUAGCCUGAGGGAGGCCCUGCUGGGCCCCGCCCCUGGGGCACCCAGCCUGAAAGGUCGUUGGCAGGGGGCCAUAUGUAAGUAUGAAUCCACUGGCUGCCGAGAGGAUAGGCCCUGCCAGAGCCCUUGCCAAGUCUCCUCUCUCAGCCUUUGUUCAGUCCCCAUGGGUCCCGGCUCAGUGUGCAGUCACAGCCAAAGGAUCUGAAGAGAUGUUAAGAGGAAAAAGGAGCCGUGUGGUCAUAUGAAAGUCAAAGAUUGUCUCCUUUAAGAAAAUAAUAAAAACCCUGAAUGAGCCAA